CAACAGGAGGACUGACCGAUUGGCUGUUCUUGGCGGAGAACCGUUGCCUUCCAUCACCGGCGGACACGAAUAAAAAGGUGGACUCUCUGACUGAACAUGUUGGCGGGACUGAGCGACUGGUUCUGGCAGGAACGGCGGUGGUUCCCUGAAGGACUGGGCUGGGCCGACCUGCAGGACCGAGACGGGCGUGUCUACGCCAAGGCCCGCGACCUCUGGGUCGCCAUUCCCAUCGCAUUGGCGUUCCUGGCUGUCAGGCAGGCCUUUGAGAGGACAGUGGCAACCCCGCUGGCCUCUCUACUUGGGGUGCAAGAGAAAGUUCGACUCAGGGCAGCACACAACCCCACUCUGGAAUCAUACUACCGUAGCAAAUCCAAACAGCCCACACAGAGUUCGAUAGAGAGCUUGAGUAAACAGACGGGUCGCUCGGUGCGGCAGGUCCAGCAGUGGUUCAGGCGGCGCAGGAAUCAGGACAGGCCCAGCCUUCUCAAGAAAUUUCGGGAGGCCAGUUGGAGAUUUACGUUUUACCUUCUUGCUUUCAUUGCUGGCCUAGCUGCACUCAUCGAUAAACCUUGGCUCUAUGACGUGAAGCAAAUGUGGGAAGGAUUCCCUGUAUUGACCCUUUUGCCAUCUCAGUACUGGUACUACAUGAUUGAGCUGGGUUUCUAUGCAUCUCUGCUGUUCAGCGUAGCGUCGGACGUCAAGCGGAAAGACUUUAAGGAACAGAUAGUUCACCAUGUUGCCACUAUCACGCUGAUCAGCUUCUCUUGGUGCCUCAACUACAUUCGGGCGGGAACCUUGAUCAUGCUGGUGCACGAUGCCUCUGACUACCUGCUAGAGUCAGCCAAGAUGUUCAACUACGCAGGCUGGAAGAACACCUGCAACUACAUCUUCAUCGCCUUCGCCGCCGUCUUCAUCGUCACCCGUCUGGUCUUCUUCCCUUUCUGGAUCAUGUACUGCACCUGGGUGUACCCGGUGACUGUCUACCGCCCGUUCUUUGGGUAUUACUUCUUCAACGGGCUGCUGCUGGUGCUGCAGUGCCUGCACGUCUUCUGGGCCGUCCUCAUCGUGCGCAUGGCCAUCAAGUUCCUGACCAACAACGAGACCGUGGAGGAUGAGAGAAGCGACAGGGAUGAAACGGACGAGUCGGGGGACGAAGAGGAGGAGGAAGAGCGGGAGAAGAAGAACGGGCCGGUGCAAAACGGCCACUCUGUCCUCAACAACAACCACUGCAAGACGGAGUGAUACCACACAGGGGAGACCAACGGCCAGAACAGAUAUCUCUCACGCGGAGUCCUGACAGAGGAAGAGCGCGAGAGGGUGAGAGGAUGAAGGAGGUGCUUCCACCUUCUGAGAAACAAAGAAACUGCUGAACACAGUGUACGCGUGUACUCUGGAAAAGUCAAAGGCACACACCCAUAGAUAGACAACUCAAAAACACCACCUGCAAUGAGCAUAACCGAAUGGUUGCGAAGGAUGUAUCACAUUGACUACAAAUCUUUCUCGGUUUCCUUCUGUCUCAGGAAAUGUGGGUGAUAAGAAGUCAUGGUGUUCACCAAAUUUAAGCUUUUUAAAAUAUGUUUCUUAACAAGUCAGUUUCUCAUCUUUCUCUUCAUUCACUUCUUUAUACCCGCUGCCCACGCCCCCAAUCCCUCCCUGUACAACUAGCUUUAUCUAUGUGAUUUAUAUCUAUGGUCAGGCUCAUUGACACUUCCUGCAUGCACAAUGCAGGAAGAGCAUGAAUUCCCUGAGUUAAUAGCUGUAUUAAUGCUGCUUAUUGAACUGCUUCUCAGCAAUUCCUUUGACUCCACCAGACUCAACAGUGCUGAGACCAAAGGUCCUGUUUAAACAGGAAAUCCCCUCUCCAUUCUCUUAAUUCAGUCUAGUGGAAUGGAGGCUGUGGUCACAUCUGAGCUACUGUUUAGCGCCAUGGUGUUCACAUCAGUUGAACUCCACUGCAGUCCUUUUGAGUGACAUUUCAGUGAUAUUUCAGUUGACAGUUACGUGCAACUACCGUAUAGUGCAACUACAACAGUAUCAGAUGCUUACCAUGUUUGCUGUGGCAGGCUAGAACAGGAUUCAAGGCUGUGGUAAUGGUGCUUAUGGUCUUUAGCUGUCAUUGAAGAAUUGUCAAAAAUGAAAUAGUGUUAACUUUUUUGUGAAGUAAAGAAAAUGCUGUCUUAUGUUACGUGUGUGUACCACCUUUGUGCAUCUUUGUCUUGGUCUCAAACACGAAAACCAAAAGCACACAGGUUGAAUUCAUUGUCAUUUAUUUUGUAGGGUUUUACAGAGGUCUGUGCUGU